AUCAUCAGUCUGUAAAUGUCUUUUUUGUUAAUUUUUUCUGUUUUGCUUUGAAUUUUCUGCAAAUGUCGGUCAGAUUCUGUUCUAAAGCGAUUUUUAAAACCCCAAUGGGAGUUUUCAGGCGAAAUAAAUGAUAACCAUAAAUAAAUGAAACAAUAACCACCAUAGUGGUGCUAAUAAUAACAGUAAUGAUGAUGAUGAUGGUGCCUGCCUCACAGAGCAGGCAGCUUCAGGAGGAGGUGAUGGUGGGAGGAGAAGCGGAGGACGGUGCCCCCCCCUCGCAUCAAACCUGCCCACUGCACCGGAGCCGCCGACGGGCCGUGAUGCUGCAGCCGCCCGCAGAUAAAAGACCCGCAGCGCCGCUCUGCAGGCAGAAAACGCGCAGCGGGAAGUCUGCGGCUGCAAAACCUCCGCAGUAGAAAUAUAGAGGAAUCAUCUGAUUUUUGUUGCUUUUAAGGAUCUGCGUGAUGGAAGCGUCUCUGCCCUCAGUUAACCGUUUCCCUCCCGGCGCCCCGCUGGCGGCCUGCCUGGCUCUGCUGCUGUCCGUGUGUCUGUGGCUCCGGCGCCGCGGGGCCGCUCCGGGCCUGCCGGGGCCCUUCGCCUGGCCCGUUAUCGGGAACGCCGCGCAGCUCGGCAACACGCCGCACCUGUACUGCACCCGCAUGGCGAGGAAGUACGGCAACGUGUUCCAGAUGCAGCUGGGCAGCCGAACCGUGGUGGUGCUGAACGGCGACGCCAUCCGACCGGCGCUCAUCAAGCAGGGUCUGGACUUCGCCGGGAGGCCGGACUUCACCUCCUUCCGGUUCAUCUCCGACGGUCAGAGCAUGGCGUUCGGCACCGUCUCGGACUCGUGGAAGACGCACCGCAAACUGGCGCAGUCCACCGUCCGCACUUUCUCCACCGGGAACCCGCAGACCAAGCGGACCUUCGAGCAGCACGUCCUGGCCGAGUUCAGGGAGCUUCUGCGGAGGUUCGUGGAGAAGACGCGGGCGGAGCGGUACUUCCAGCCCGGCACCGACCUGGUGGUGUCCACGGCCAACGUGAUGAGCGCCAUCUGCUUCGGGAGGAGGUACACCUACGAGGAUGCGGAGUUCCGGGAGGUGGUGGGCAGGAACGACAAGUUCACCAAGACCGUGGGAGCGGGGAGCAUCGUGGACGUGAUGCCGUGGCUCCAGUACUUCCCCAACCCAAUCAAAACCAUCUUCGAGGACUUCAAGAACCUCAACCGGGACUUUGGGGUUUUCAUCCGGGAUAAAGUCAUGGAGCACAGGAAGUCCAUCGAGUCGAGCGCCAUCAGGGACAUGACGGACGCCUUCAUCGUGGCUCUGGACCAAAUCACGGAGACCGCGGGUCUCUCCUCCGGGAAGGACUACGUGACCCCCACCAUGGGGGACAUCUUUGGAGCCAGCCAGGACACGCUGUCCACGGCUUUACAGUGGAUCGUCCUCAUACUGGUCAAGUAUCCUGAGAUCCAAACGCGUCUUCAGCUGGAGGUGGACAGAGUCGUGGGCCGGAGUCGCCUGCCGUCCAUCGAGGACCAGGCCGAGCUGCCGUACGUCAUGGCCUUCCUCUACGAGGUGAUGCGCUUCACCAGCUUCGUCCCGCUCACCAUCCCCCACUCGACCGUCACAGACACCUCCAUCAUGGGCUACGCCAUUCCAAAGAACACCGUCAUCUUCAUAAACCAGUGGUCCAUCAACCACGACCCGGCCACGUGGUCCAACCCGGGGACCUUCGACCCCGAGCGCUUCCUGGACCCCCAGGGGGCGCUGAACAAAGACCUGACCGCCAACGUGCUCAUCUUCUCGUUGGGUCGCCGGCGGUGCAUCGGCGAGCAGCUCUCCAAGAUGCAGCUGUUCCUGUUCACGGCGCUGCUGGCGCACCAGUGCCGCAUCGCCACCGACCCGGCGAAGACGCUAACCCUGGACUACAAGUAUGGCCUGACGCUGAAACCGCACGACUACGCCAUCGCCGUGUCUCUGCGGGAAGACAUGACUCUGCUGGACGCUGGUGCCACUCAGGCAAACGAACAAUCAGCAGAAUUACAGGCAAAAGAUUAAAGAUUAAAGGCCACAGCAGGGCCUGCAACCUGCGGCUCCGGAGCCACAAAUGGCUCAUCGGACCUAAAAACUAACCAAAAAUGAAAAACAACCAUUUUAGUACAAAUAUAAAAACAAAUGCUGAAUUUUUAA